AUGGCACCAGCUGUGACCCAGCUCCUUUUCCUCCAGCUUGUUCUAGGGCCAACUCUGGCCACGGACAUCAAGAUGCAGUUUGGCACCAGGAACUUCCGUAUCCUAAACGUCGACUAUCCCAAGGUUAUCUACCCAAGUGGUUUCCAGGGCUAUUGUAAUGGUCUGAUGGCCUAUGUGCGAGGAAAGAUAAAAACUUCACAUUGCUCAAAGAUCCAUUAUGUGAUGCAUGCCCCUUGGAAAGCCAUCCAGAAGGUCUGCAAGGAAAGUGAGAGCUUCUGUGAAAACUACAAUGAAUACUGCACACUCACUGAGGAUGCCUUCCCCAUCACAGUCUGCUCCCUGAGCCACCAACAGCCAACCAUCAGCUGCUACUACAAUAGCACUGAAACCAACCAAAGGGCCCACCUACUCUGCUCUCGCAAGUAUGAGGCUCAGCCAAUAGGUAUCAUUGGUCUCCAUUAG